CCGGAGGAGGCGUCGCCAGGGCGCAGGUGAAACCGACUCCGACCUAUCCCGGGAACUUUCGCUGCUGCGACUCUGCCAGAGGCCCGCGUCGCGCCGGGGCGACCUGGGAGCUACCUUGGCCCACCCUGGCUACGCGCCGGGGCUCAGCCCGGGUACUGCUCCCAGAGGACCUGCGACCCUCCUGGCGCGCUCGCAGGCUGUGGCUGCUGAUGGAGGCGGGCGGUGCGGCCCCGGGCACAGGUGACACACGCGGGGCCAGGCUUUCUGCUGCCGGGGCAGAGCUCCGAGCGCGCGAGACGCAGACACCCCAGGGGCAAGGGACCACAAGGUAGCGAUGGCCCAAGAGCUGAGCCAGGAGGCACUUCUGGACUUUCUGUGCCAGGCCGGGGGCCGAGUGACCAACGCCGCCCUGGUGGGCCACUUCAAGAGCUUCCUCCGAGACCCCGCCGCGCCCCCCAACGAGCACCAGCACCGGCGCGAACUCUUUAAGGGCUUCGUCAACUCCGUCGCCGCAGUGCGCCAGGACCCCGACGGCACCAAGUACGUGGUCCUCAAGAGGAGGUACAGGGACCUUUUAGGGGAAGAGGGGCUGCAGCGUGAGCCCGCGCCUGCGCCCGCAUUGACCCCCUCGACUCCUGCCACCAUCGCGGCUCCUGGAAGCGGAGCUUCCCCGCCUGCUCUGCUGCCGCUCCCCCACCCCUCAGAAGACCCGCGAGGGCCGGUGACCCCGGGCGCCCUGCACUACUCGACCCUGCAGCAGCAGCAGCGCACUCGGGAAUGGGUGGCCAGACACCCGCAGCUGCCCGAGGCCCGAAACCAGGGCCCCAGCCGGGCGUGGUCGGUUCUGCCAGACAACUUUCUGCAGCCGCCCUCGGAGCCUAUCUCUGAGCCGCCAGAUUCUGCGCUUUCCUCUCGUUCUCUCUUUCCUGCUCCCGAUGGGUCCUCUGAAUCCUGCCUGGAGAAACCUCCACCGACAGUCUUUCGGAGCAUCCGCUGUCAGCUGUCCCUCCAAAGCCUGGAUGACUUUGUGGACGAGGAGAGCCAUGGCAGUGAGGAGAGCAGCAGUGGGCCCAGAGAGUCACCUGGGGGCUCUGAGGAGGGGCUGCAGGCUGCCGCGGGCACCACAGACUGGGGACCGCUCAGAAACCCAGCUGGGACCCUUCCUGCAUCGCCAAAGGAGGGCACCUCCAGCCAGAGCCCUCGGGGCCUCAGGAGCAGAAAGGACAGUCACACUUCUCUGCAGGUCCCAACAGGGGCUAAUGGACUUGCAGACCGCGUCCAGGAGCCUUCACCCUGGCCAGCUCCCAAAUUAAGAAGAUCCCUCAGGAGGAGCUCUCAGACAGGGAGAGCCAAACUGUCCUCCUCUGAUGAGGAGUCCUGUGACGGGAACUUGCUGAAAAGGAGCCGGCGCCCACCCAGACCCAGGAAACCCUCCAAGGCAGGGAUGGUGUCCAGCCCAAGGGUGGAUGCAGCUCUGACCUCCACACCUGCAGAUGUGAAGGCCGCAGUGGGAGACAGAGCUUGGCCCCACAAUUCGUGGGCUCCCAGCAAGGAGGGGUCUGCAGCCUUCGUCCCCCACAGACCCGAGCACAAGUCAGCCUUGGUCCCUCUGGAUGCCAGGGAGCACGAGUGGAUUGUGAAGCUUGCCAGUGGCUCCUGGUUUCGGGUGUUCACUUUGUUCUGGGAAGACCCUCAGCUGGCUUUGCACAGAGACUUCUUGACUGGAUACACGGCCUUGCACUGGAUAGCCAAACACGGCAACCUUGGGGCCCUUCAGAACUUGGUCUCAGGGGCCCGGAAGGCAGGGAUUGCGCUCGAUGUCAACGUGAGGUCCAGUUGUGGUUAUACCCCGCUGCACCUGGCAGCCAUGCACGGUCACCAGGCGGUCAUGAAACUGCUCGUGCAAAGUUUGGCUUCUCGGGUGAACGUCCGGGACAGCAGUGGGAAGAAGCCGUGGCAGUAUCUGACCAGUAGUACCUCCGGGGAAAUAUGGCAGCUCUUAGGGGCCCCUCGGGGCAAACCCAUUUUCCCUGUCUAUCCCUUAGUCCAAAGCUCUUCCCCCACCAGGAAGGCCAAGAGCAGGGAAGUCUCUAGAAAUGUCACCCGGAAGACUUCCCUUGCUGCACUAUUCAAAAAUCAGCACAACAAAUGGAAAUGGGCCAACCAGUAUGAGAAGUUCCCCACCCCGAGGGAAAAAGAAGAGUCUAGUGACUGAGGCGGGCCUCUCUCUCCCCAGGGUUGUAACCACCACAUCCCAUCCUUGAGCCACUUAGUGGAAAGAAGUCAAGGCAAAUGGAAAAUUGCUGAGGGAUUGGCAAAGAAAGAGGUCAAGUGCGAUGGCCCACCUAGUAUUUCCUUCCCUGGGUUUUAUGUCAGCAUAUCCUGGACCUCAGGGGCCAUCCAAGCUUUCUGAAGGCUCAAGUUCUUGGACUGAUGAAACCUAGGCAAGGAGCAGACUCAGGUGUUCAAAACCUAGGAGGUAUUAUUCUUCCUUUUUCCGAGUCACUAUGGAUCUGAGCACAGUAAGCCACAUAGUUUUCUGAAGCAGCAAUCCCAGGCCUUGGCUAGAGAGGGAACAGAUGUCCUGCAAAAAAGAGAGGCAAUUUAAGGAAGUGACAAAACUCAGACAAAAUCCUCCUGAACUAGUAGGUCUCUGACUUCUAUUCAUUCAGAAAAUACAUCUCGGCUGGGAGUGGGAAGCGCCAUGUUUGAAAUCUGAUGGCUUUUCUUUUUCUUUUUUCUUUGUCUUUCUUCUUUCCUUCCUUCCUCCCUCCUUCUCUCUUCCUCACCCUCCCUCCCUCUCUUUCUUCUUUCUUUCUUCCUUUCACAUUCCGAUCAAUGAAAUGAAAUGAUUACUGGGGAAUAUACUUUGACUUAAGAGAUUUCAGCCCUGUCCCCAAGCCUUUGGAGUCACACCCAUGGUGGCUAAGGCAUGGCAUGAUGUAUACUUCCCUUCCUUUAGGCCUCUUCUCUGAUCAGAGGAGUAGGGGGGUAAGAUCCAGUUACAACCUGGACUGCACUUGCCAGAGAAGGACUGGCAUUCAGGCGCUGCUUUUUUCUAUCAACCUAACGGGAACUUUCCAAAUGUAAAAACCACGUGGCUCAUUUACAUGGUGACUGAAACUAUCUUUCAUGGAAAAAUCCCUGUGGAACAAGCACCUGAACUAUCAUUUCUAAUGUCCAAUAGAUUUGAAGAGCCAAUGGUUAUACUCAUGAGAGGGAGAGAAAUGAGUCUACUCUUGGGAAUGCUAAGGGUUAAGAGGAGAAUGCCUCCCCACCAGGACUUUUCUAAGCUGCUACAUAUAAUUUUAUUUGCACUAAACUUGUUGCCAAUUAAGAUUAAAUAUUAGCCUCGAAGUACUGUAUGUCUAACAGGAAGUUGCUUGUGAAGGGACCAAUGGAAUGAGAGAACGGCUUGUCUGUGACCUGCAAUAGGACAAGCUUUCAGAGUGUACACUGAAAAAGGGCCGGAAAGUUCAAUGUUCACGUGGAAACUGUUCAUUUUUUUAUGGAAAUGUUUUCAUGUGUGGUGGCAAUGAUGCUGUAUUUUAGAAGUAUUUCUGUGGGUUUUUUUGGUGGGGGGGGUUAUUGUUCUCCACUGAAAUAUCAACAGAUCUUUAUAAUUUAUUAUACUCAUGACAAUUAAUGUUCUUCUUUACAACGUUGUGCCUCAAGAGUUUUUUGUUUCAUUGUAUUUUUAUUUUAUAAUUUUGUUGACAUAAACACAUCACUGUUGUACUAGAAACCAACAAACAAAAAAAUAGACAUGAUAAAUUAAGGGCUUUAUUUUUCUGGAAAAAAAAAGAACAAAUUCCUAUGUAGAGAAGAAACUUUGGCAAAAUCAAAUCAAGAAAAAGUGAGAUAACCACAGCUGACUGGGGCAUGGUGUAGAGAGAGGAAAAUGUAAAAGAAUACAAGAUAAACAUCUGUGCAAAAACUCUAGUAAAUGUCAACUUCUCUUAAAAGCCAAUAAAUAUUUUCACUUUA